AUGCGAGCAAGCUCCGCGUGCUUCGCGUCCAAUGAGUACUUCGCUUCUUUCUCCGGGUCAUAUUUUACUUGGCUUGAUGGGACUAUCAGCCUAUGGAAAAAAGUUGGUAAAUUAUUAUUCCUCGGAUUAGAUAAUGCUGGUAAAACAACAUUAUUACAUAUGCUCAAAGAUGAUCGUUUAGCACAACAUGUGCCUACAUUACAUCCAACAUCAGAAGAAUUAUCAAUCGGUAGUAUAAGAUUCACGACAUUCGAUCUCGGAGGCCAUACACAAGCAAGACGUGUAUGGAAAGAUUACUUCCCAGCAGUAGACGCUAUUGUGUUUCUAGUUGACGCUAGUGAUCGUACGCGACUUCCAGAAUCACGUGCUGAGCUCGAUACUCUUCUUACUGAUGAACAACUUAGCACCUGUCCUGUUCUUGUACUCGGGAACAAAAUUGACAAGCCUGGUGCUGCGUCUGAGGAUGAGUUGAGAGCUUUCUUCAAUUUAUAUGGUCAAACGACCGGCAAGGGAAAAAUUGCCCGAAGUGAAAUUCCCGGUCGUCCAUUAGAAUUAUUUAUGUGCUCUGUUUUAAAGAGACAAGGCUACGGCGAGGGCUUCCGUUGGCUCGCCCAGUACAUCGACUGA